AUGCUCAAUAGCGGGAGAACAAACACUCCAAUACGCAGCAAUGGAGAAAUAUUUCAUGUAGCCAAUUGCCUACAUUCACAUAUUUAUGACUGGUCUAGAUUUGUCCUUGCGAUUGCAAUUUCAACAUCUUUUCCUGAGGUCGCAUUUUUCAGAAGCAAGAGACGGGUACAUAUUCGAAUACAUUCACAAGCCUCAGAACCUUAUGGUCAGACUUGCCGAGGAGGCAAUAUAUUGACAAUUUCAUUUCACCUAGUAAUCGCUCUAACCCAGAUUAUCAUAACAAUCUGGCGCCGCGGUCUCACAACCGGACUUGCCAGGCAUGAAGGCCCACAUGGUGUUAUCACCUACGAGUCUCCCUCUCCUGCUGGAGGGUGCUUCGAUGAGGUUUUCUUUGACACCUCAAUGACCUUGGAAUGUCUUCAUAUAAAAAUCCAACUUUUUAAGAAGGCAAUGCAUUGGGAGUUGUGUGCAUAUGUAGGGAGGCAGAUACCCGGAAGGUAUCUAGAUAUUGUGAAGUGGUGCUUGAGAGUGAAUCCCAGGAGUGACGGGAAAUCACUUACUCAUCACGCUUUUCACCUUCCACGGCUGUGUCGUAUCACAAACACAUCCGCCUAUGAUAGCAAACUAAACCCAAUCUCCCAAAACAUGACUCUCAACCUCCCCUACCCUAAACUAUCUCACCGAAGUCCUGUCAAGAAAGACCGCGACAUUCUCCAUUCCGCGUCGCGACCACAGCGCCAUUCAAACUGGGAACCACAGACGCUGGAUUGGAGAUGGCGACAUGGGGUGAUACGCUCUGAAGACUUUGAAGAUGAUAGGAGGAGUAUGAGUGUUUGGGAUCAGAUGGCGGAAUAUACUAUUAAGAGACGGAAUGAGGUGCGUCGACGGCGGAGGGUGCGGAGGGAGAGGGAUAUGGGGAGGUUUGUGGGGGUAAAUGACGUGGAUGAGGAAGAAGAAGAAGAAGAAGAGAAAGGGGAUAGGAAUACCAUGGAGGAGAAGAUGUUGGACGAGGGACACGAGAUGAUAGAAGUGGGCGAGAAGGAUGCGGAAGCUGAGGAAACGCCGACGCCAUCGACACCGCGAACACGUGCGCCGCAGAAGUCAGAGCUAGUCCAGAUGGCCACAUACAAAAUUCACGUUCCAAUGACAGAAGAUGGCCCAGAAGAAGUGUGGAAACAAACCAGCCUCACCGCUAUCCUCCGCCUCACAUGCAAAUCCCCACCUAGUUUCACCCCUCCUUACACACCCAAACACAAGAUACGCUGCCCGCCCUUCCACCGCCCCUUCAUCGACGAAACCCGCCCCACCAACCUACUCAAAAUCACCCAAUCCCUCCGAGCGCCACCAAAACAAGACGAUCCGCCUAUCCCCCCCAUACCACACUCUUUCCACUGGUUUCCUGAUGCCAUUCCUGUGGACGCCAUAUUCCCUCCCGGCGUCCCUAUGUCCGGAAAAGAGAUCCUAGCAUUCUAUCCCCAUCAUCCGCGCAACAGAGGCGUCGGCCUGCGUCUCCUCGAAAAUGACUAUCGCGGAGCUGAUAUCCUCGCCAUUUCAUCCUGGUUCCGGGGAAUCACGGAGCUGCCCAUGCGACCGAUGGACAUGAACGACAAUCUGCGAACCAUUGGCCGUUCACACUAUCGGGAUCAGAAGUGGAGUCUAUUCCGACACAAAGGUAAAUCGUGGAGGAACAUGUACACGGAUGAUUUGGCGCAUAGCGAGGUCGCCCGGAAGCGCGGUUUGUCGGUACCAACGUUUGAGGAGUUACUGACGGGACUGAAAUAUUUACCCCACGGGCUCGAUGCGCGUGGUUUGACAGCAGUACUGACAUGGUACGUACAGCAUCGGGGUUUAUUUUCCCCGAGGCUAGAGUUUAAUGUCUUGCAUGCUCGCGAUUUGAUCAGGGUGCUUCGGAUCCCCUUAAAGCCGUUUGGGAGGCGGAAUUUGGAUAAGAUUGGUUUAACAGAGUGGCGGAUGAAUGGGGGGUUUGAGGAGAGGGAGAUUGAGGUAGAAGGGCUAAGGAGUUGGGGUGGGGAGGAGGGGAAAGGAAAUGUAGCGGAGUAUUUGUCGUUGAGGUUGGUUCUGCUGGGACCAUGGCUGAGUUGGGUGGGGUCCGGAAGGAAGGCGUUGGGGGAGUAUUUGGAUGGGAAGGAGAGGGAGAUGGAAGGAUAUGGGGGUAUUAUGACACCAUUUUCUUUUUUUGAUGCUGGAAAGAACGUAUAG